UAAAGAGCAGUCUCUCCAAGAAGUACAUCAGAGGAGGCUGAAUGUAGAAGGUAAAACAUCAGAAGACUCCCAAAAUAUUGCCCUUCUUGUGCUACUGACCUUCAGCCAGACCAGUUUACCCUGACUGAGUUUCUUAGAACUCCAGGUCUCUUUGAUUAAGUCCUAAAGAGACAAGUUUUCAUUUUCUCAAAAAAGGCAAAAGGCCGUAGCCAGUGAUACUCACCAUUAUGGAAACCAACAGCCACAGCAAUCCUCAGGAGGGACUUAUGUCCUCCAGCAGACAAAGGGAGAAUCUCUUGUUGAUAGAAGCUGUUCAAAAAGAAGACAUCGGACUGGUCCAGCAAUUGCUGAAAAAGGGAGCUAACGUCAAUUUCCAGGAAAAGAUUGGGCUCUGGGCACCUCUACAUAUUGCAGUCCAGAACUGCAGGGAGGACAUUGUGGAUCUUCUCCUUCGUCACGGUGCUGACCCUUGUCUGAAGAAGAGGAAUGAGGCCACUCCCUUCAUCAUUGCUGGGAUCAUGGGAGAUGUGAAACUGCUCAGGCUUUUCCUUUCUAAAGGAGCAAAAGUCAAUGAGUGUGAUUCUAAUGGCUUCACGGCUUUCAUGGAAGCUGCUAUGUAUGGCCACAUCGAGGCCUUAAGAUUCCUUUACGAUAACGGAGCAGAUGUGAAUUUGGGUCGAAAGACAACAGGUGAUCAACAGAAGCUUAAGAAAGGAGGGACCACAGCUCUCAUGAGUGCUGCGGAAGAAGGACACGCACAUAUCGUGCAGAUCCUCCUCGAGGACAUGAAGGCAGAUGUCAAUGCCCGAGACAAUAAGGGGAGCAAUGCGUUGAUCUACGCUCUUAAGAAUCCUGAUGCUAGCAAAGUGGAAGACGUUACUCGCCACCUACUGCAUCAUAAGGUUGAUAUCAAAGUGAGGGGAGAAGAGGGAAAGACACCCCUGAUCCUAGCAGUGGAAAAGAAGCACUUGAAUUUGGUGCAGAUGCUUCUGGAACAAACCCAAAUAGAUGUUAAUGACAAAGACAGGGAUGGCAACACGGCGCUGUUGGUUGCCGUCCAGAAAAACCUGAAUGAAAUUGCCCAGAUGUUGUGCAGCAAGGGGGCCCGCACAGACUGCGGCGAUCUUAUCAUGAUGGCACGGCGCAAUUAUAACAGGCCCCUGGUGCUGCUUCUUCGCGAUCAUGGAGCCAGAGAACGUGUCGACACUCCUGCUGAAGACUGGACGUCUCAGAGCGCACGUUGGGGGCGGGCCCUGGAACAGCUGCACAAGAUAUACCGCCCUCUGAUUGGCAGGCUCAAGAUAUUUAUUGAUAAAGAGUAUAAAAUUGCAGACACUUCUGAAGGGGGCGUGUACUUGGGGUUCUAUGGAGAACAGGAGGUAGCUGUGAAGCGAUUCUAUGAAGGCAGUACCCUUGGACAAAAGGAAGUCUCCUGUUUGCAGAACAGCCGGGAGAAGAGUAACUUGGUGAAGUUCUACGAGAGCGAGAGGCAAAGUGACUGUCUGUACGUGAGCCUCGCCCUCUGCGAGCGAACGCUGGAGGAGCACUUCAGUCACUGCAAAGAGGAGCACAUGGGAAAGAAGGAAGAUAAGUUCGCCCGGAAAGUCCUCUCUUCUGUAUUUAAAGCUGUUGAAGGGCUGCACCAGUGUGGAUAUGCUCACCAGGACCUGCAACCACAAAACAUCUUAAUAGAUUCCAAUGAUGCUGUUUGUCUGGCAGAUUUUGAUAAAAGCAUCAAGGGAGCUGGAGAACAGGAAAUAAAAACAGAUCUAAAGGACCUUGGACUACUGGUCAUAUAUGUGGUAAGAAAAGGAGACAUCCCUUUUAAUAGACUGAAGGGUAAAAGCAAUGAAAAUGUGAUUGAACUUUCUCCAGACAUGGAAACUGAAGCCCUUGUUCGCUGUCUGAUCUUUCAUGAGAAAAAAUUAGCAGACCUAGGUGGCCUGCUGAGGCAUCCUUUCUUUUGGAGUUGGGAGAGUCGCUGUAGGGUCCUGGGGGAAGUAGGGAAUGAAAAUGACAUCAAGAAACGAAUUCAUGAUAGCGAGCUCGUUCAUCUGCUGGAGCCUGGAGCCUCUAACCAUUCCAGAAGUUUUGACUUGUGGAAGGAAAAGAUUGAUACACAUGUUAUGAAAAAAAUGGAUGGGUUUUACAAAAGACAAAAACAGCCUUGGAAUCUGUAUAGGAACACUGUGGGUGAUCUGCUAAAAUUCAUCCGGAAUAUAAAUCAACAUAUUUGUGAAGAAAAUAAUAAAAAGAUGAAGUCGAUCAUUGGAGAACCUUCCCAGUAUUUUCAGGAAAAAUUUCCAGAUUUGUUCUUAUUUGUCUAUGAAAGACUACACGACACUGAAUAUGGAAAGCAUUUUCUACAUAUGUAACCCUUCAAACCAGCCCGGGCGUCAUGGAGAUGGGGUGGCGGAUUGCUGCCAGCUGUGUGAUCCUGGGCUUUCACAUCUCGCUGGGCCUCUUAGCUGACCUGGUUGUAUGUAAGGUUGAGUUGGGUGGUGUAUUGCUGGCACAGUCCCAGUGUUCCCCGCCUAUUUGUGACAGAAGAAACACACAUGUUUUGCCCCUCGUCCUUUUUAAGAGUAAAACUUUGUUUCAGGAGCUGGGAAGAUGCCUCUUGUCAGUUACACCAAACUGGUAGGGACAAAGACCUCAUGCUUUACAUCUUUUAGCACCUGUAACUCUCCCAAUGGCCUUGCAAGAGAGGGUUAGUGUCCCCUUUUAAGAACUGAAGAACCUGAGGCUCAGAGAGUUUGCACUAAGAUUUCACUGUUUCGUGGAUGUAAUUUUUCAUAUCUCUCACGAGAACUUAGUUACUGGCCCAGAAUGCUUCUGAAUGAACCCCUAAAGGAAGUGCCGAUGCAUGUCAAGUGGCUCCUUCAUUUCUUCACCUCAUAAAUCCUUCCAGAAUUUGAUGAGCAUUGAUAUAUAUUGAGGCAAUAAUAUAUGCAUUCCUUUUCUUCUAGAACCACAUGCACUGGUCUUGUUUAGCAGUAGUUCUCAACUGGGGGCAGUUGUAGCCUCAGAGGGUCAUUUGGCAGUGUCAGCUGUUUCUAGUUGUCAGAUCUAGGAGGUAUCUAGUUAACAGAGAUCCAGGAUGAAGGCAAACAUUCUAUGAUGCACAAUUAAUAGAGACCAGAGAUGCAGCUAAACACUGCAGUGUACAUCCUAUAAUGCACAGCCAUACAGGCGGGUUAUCCAGCCUGAAAUAUCAGUGGGAUCAAGAUUGAGAAACUACCUUAAGGGGCUUGGGACUCUGGAACCAAUGUAGGGCACUGUGUGAACUACCUCAUGGAGGAAAAACUUAAUUUUUUAAAAAUUGUUCUUGUGUCUGCAGUGAGAUAAUUGCAGUAUCAGGAGAUCCUUUGAUCACUGAUACUUCCCACCCUAUCUGAGUGAGUUUUCUGACUGCCAAGCACUCAGAACUACAGCAAAGCAAGCUUUGCAAUCAGUUAUUCUUACUACAGACAUUUCAUUGAACUUGUAGCUCAUACUAGGGACUGUGUUGGGCAAGGUGAUUCUGUGCCUGGGCUCAUUAGGGUCUUAGG